CUGUUCUCUCUUUUCUUGCUGGCCUGCUGCGUGGAGGAGAGUUGGCUACUCUCUCUCCGUGCAAUCUGGAUCCAUCCUUCUUUCUGGAGCGAUCCCCGAGGUCAAGUCGUCAUGACUGAACAGAUGACCCUUCGGGGUACCCUUAAAGGCCACAAUGGCUGGGUGACCCAGAUCGCCACGACUCCUCAGUUCCCAGACAUGAUCCUGUCAGCCUCCCGAGAUAAGACCAUUAUCAUGUGGAAGCUAACCAGAGAUGAAACAAAUUAUGGGAUCCCUCAGCGUGCCCUCAGAGGUCACUCACAUUUUGUUAGUGAUGUGGUCAUUUCCUCCGAUGGCCAGUUUGCACUCUCGGGCUCCUGGGAUGGUACACUAAGACUGUGGGAUCUCACAACUGGCACCACCACCCGGCGUUUUGUUGGUCACACCAAGGAUGUGCUGAGUGUAGCCUUCUCUUCAGACAAUCGCCAGAUUGUCUCUGGUUCCCGGGAUAAGACUAUCAAGCUGUGGAAUACCCUGGGUGUCUGUAAAUACACUGUGCAGGAUGAGAGCCACUCAGAGUGGGUGUCUUGUGUCCGUUUUUCACCCAAUAGCAGCAAUCCUAUCAUUGUUUCCUGUGGCUGGGACAAAUUGGUCAAGGUUUGGAACUUGGCCAACUGCAAACUGAAGACAAACCACAUUGGCCACACAGGUUACCUAAACACAGUUACAGUUUCUCCUGAUGGUUCUCUUUGUGCCUCUGGAGGGAAGGAUGGUCAGGCCAUGCUGUGGGACCUUAAUGAGGGUAAGCACCUCUAUACUCUGGAUGGUGGUGAUAUAAUAAAUGCCCUCUGCUUCAGCCCCAAUCGCUACUGGCUCUGUGCUGCCACUGGGCCCAGCAUUAAGAUCUGGGACCUCGAGGGCAAAAUCAUUGUGGAUGAGCUUAAACAAGAAGUGAUCAGCACCAGCAGCAAGGCUGAGCCUCCCCAGUGCACUUCCUUAGCCUGGUCUGCUGAUGGCCAGACUCUCUUUGCUGGAUACACAGACAACUUGGUACGGGUGUGGCAAGUGACCAUUGGCACUCGGUAAAAGGGUCAAUCGUAACUUGAUAUUUUGAAAUAAAGACAUUAAUUUUUGCCUUCAAAAAAA